CGUCUGUCUCUCACUCUCUAUCCAAAAUAAUUAAAAUGAGGAGAAGCCAAAAAAAAAAGAAAGACAAAACUUUGUUUAAAAACCGACCCAGAAUCGUGGUCUUUGUAAUCUGUCUUUUACCAUUUUCGUUGGAUUUCUUCAGACAAUAAUCAGACUCCGACGCCAGAAUCAUUUUCUUUCGUAAAUCGAUUCAUUUUCUUCAUAACUUUAUUUGUUGAGUUUUUUCUUUCCGGGUUUUGAUUUGGUUAGUUUUGUCAAUAAUGGAUUCUGAUUCAUGGAGUGAUCGUCUUGCUUCAGCUACAAGGAGAUACCAGCUAGCUUUUCCACCACGAUCUGAUACAUUCUUAGGGUUUGAAGAGAUAGAUGGGGAAGAAGAGUUCAGGGAAGAGUUUGCUUGCCCUUUCUGUUCUGACUAUUUUGAUAGUGUGUCUCUCUGCUGCCACAUAGAUGAAGAUCAUCCUAUGGAAGCCAAGACCGGGGUAUGUCCAGUUUGUGCGGUUAGGGUGGGUGUUGACAUGGUUGCUCAUAUAACCCUUCAACAUGCUAAUAUAUUCAAGAUGCACCGCAAGAGAAAAUCAAGAAGAGGCGGGUCACAUUCCACGUUAUCGAUCUUAAGGAGAGAGUUUCCUGAUGGAAACUUUCAGAGCCUAUUUGGAGGAUCUUCGUGUAUAGUAUCUUCUUCCUCAUCAUCCAAUGUAGCGGCUGACCCAUUGUUAUCGUCGUUCAUUUCACCUAUUGCUGAAGGGUUCUUCACAACGGAGUCAUGUAUAUCUGCAGAAACCGGUUCUGUCAAGAAACCAUUAACUCAGAGUAUACCUGAAGGGAAUGCAAAAAUACCGUCUCUUUCAGCUGAGGAUCAUAAGCAGAAGUUGAAACGCAGUGAGUUUGUUCGAGAGCUGUUGAGCUCUACGAUUCUUGAUGACGGCUUAUAAUGGAGUAAAAUGCUUCUGGUAACUUGUCAGCAAUGAGGAAACUCCAUGUUCUGUCUCAGGAGAAAGUAGGAAAUUAUUGUUUGUGGGGAGCAAAUAAAGGAGAGAGAGAAAGAGAUUAUGAAUGAGUGUAACUUAUGAACACAUUAAUAGCUUCUGCGGUUAACGCUCCAAUUGCCUGUAGGUCAUGAAAAAACAAAAUGUAUCUAUUUCACGUAUUUGCAUUCAAUCAUUCGUUUCCAAUUCCUUGAUACAAUCUGGUUAGUCAAAGUCUUACGUUUCAUUGCUUGUGAAAGUUUGCAUUGUACUUUCCUUAACAGAGAAAUAUCGGUUCCUA